UUUACAUAGAGGGGGUUACACAGAUAAUCCAACUGCAACGACUCAAUAGAUAGAUUAGAGGUGGAAAAAAAAGCCUAGCUGCAAUUUGAAAUGUACUCCAACAGGAUCGAUGGACCUCGAAGGGGGAGAUCGUUUGACUCCAUGAACAUUGCCUACGAAGAAAAAUUACUUCACAAUGAGAUAAACAAAUCAACCUUCAAAAAAAUUGAAGAAAACACCGAGAAGAAUACGCCAGAGAAAGGCAGAGCAACAAUUAUCUUUUCCCUCAAGAAUGAAGUGGGCGGACUUGUAAAGGCACUCAAACUCUUCCAAGAAAAUCAUGUCAACCUUGCGCACAUCGAGUCCAGGAAAUCGAAAAGGCGCAACUCAGAGAUUGAAAUAUUUGUGGACUGCGAUAGCAACCACGAACAACUCAAUGAAAUCAUCCAGCUGCUGCGGAAGCACGUGAACGUGGUGGACAUGGAGCCGCCAGAUAAUUCCUAUAUACAGGAGGAAGAUAUGCAUAAUGUACCGUGGUUCCCAAAGAAAAUAUCUGACUUGGACAAAUGUGCUAAUCGUGUCCUGAUGUAUGGCUCUGAUUUGGAUGCUGACCAUCCGGGUUUCAAGGACAAUGUCUACCGCAAAAGGAGAAAGUAUUUUGCAGAUCUCGCGAGGACCUACAAACAUGGUGAGCUGAUUCCUCGUAUAGAGUUUACAGAGGAGGAAGUCAAGACAUGGGGUGUUGUGUACAGAGAGCUCAACAAGUUGUACCCCAGCCACGCUUGUCGGGAAUACUUGAAGAACCUACCGCUGCUGUCCAAAUACUGUGAAUGUCGAGAAGACAACAUUCCCCAACUGGAAGAUGUCUCUCGCUUCCUCAGAGAACGCACUGGGUUUACCAUCAGGCCUGUGGCUGGUUACCUGUCCCCUCGUGACUUCCUGGCCGGUUUGGCCUUCCGUGUUUUCCACUGCACCCAGUAUGUGCGGCACAGCUCUGACCCCUUAUACACCCCGGAGCCAGACACGUGCCAUGAGCUGCUGGGUCACAUCCCCCUGCUGGCAGAGCCCAGUUUUGCACAAUUUUCCCAGGAGAUCGGUCUGGCUUCACUGGGAGCCUCGGACGACUCUGUUCAGAAACUGGCCACAUGUUAUUUCUUCACAGUGGAGUUUGGCCUAUGCAAACAGGAAGGACAGCUGAGAGCCUAUGGGGCUGGACUGCUCUCAUCCAUCAGUGAGCUUAAGCAUGCACUUUCGGGAAAAUCAAGGAUCAUGCCAUUUGACCCCAAAGUAACAUCCAAACAAGAAUGCAUCAUUACAACCUUUCAGGAUGUUUACUUUGUGUCAGACAGCUUUGAGGAGGCCAAAGUCAAGAUGAGGGAGUUUGCCAAGACCAUCAAGCGUCCCUUCACAGUACGCUACAACCCCUACACUCAGAGUGUGGAUGUGCUUAAAGACACUCCCAGCAUCAACAGCGUUGUGGAGGAACUUCGACAUGAGCUCGACAUUGUGGGCGAUGCUCUGAACCGCCUCAACAAGCAGCUCGGAAUCUGAAAUUUCAAAGCCUGUCUGUGUCACGCCCCCAAGCGCAGCUCUAGACAUGCUGCUUGUAUAUCACCUUUGUCAUCGGAAUCAGAAUCAUCUUUAUUUGCCAAGUAUGUCAAAAACACACAAGGAAGUUGUCUCCCGUAGUUGGAGCCGCUCUAGUACGACAACAGACAGUCAAUUGACAGAGAAUACUUUUGAGACCUAAAGACACUGGGAAAAACAAACAAACAAAAAACAGUCACUGAGUAAUAAAAGGUUGCUAGUAAUCUGGUAAUGCCGGUACAACAUGACAAUGAAUGUGAUCUCAUUUUAGCAAAAACAAAAACAAAAACCUUGAUGUCCCUCCUAUGCGAUACAUGGCUUUCCCAGUGUGCAGAGGCACACCUGCUAUCAUAUCAGUGAAUUGCACAAACCCAAAGAGCACUCUAUUUUCACUCAAUUGGCGUCUAUCCAGCGACCUGUCUGUAUGCUUUUGUACCCCCCAAAAAGUCACCCUUGUUGUCCAACCUGCUAUUGUACGUGAUCAUGAGAUAUAUUUUUUAAACGUUUUGGUUUCAUUAUCCAAUUAAUCUUCCUCACAUCAGUGAUUAAAUAUGAAAUAUAUCUUUGUAAUGUUAUUGUGUAUGUAUCAUGUUGGUUUCUGCGUAAUAUUGAGGGAAAUUGUACGAGCAAUGUUCUGAAAGUAUUUUGGUGGUUUAUGAUAACAGAUCUAGCCCAUGCACCUCAACCUACUUUAUUUUACAGUAAAACAUUUUCAUACUAUACCUCCAAUUAAAGUAGAUACUGUAUAAUUAGGCCCACAGAGCUUUUGAAAUCAAAAUGAUUUUCUACAUAUCAAUAUAUACACAUAAUAUAGGGUAUGUAUGCAAAUAUUACAAGAAUGUGUUCAUGACUUCAUUGCUUCAACUGGGUAAAAUUGUAAGGGUAUAAGUUUAGAAUUUGUACUGUAUAAAUAUUUGUAUUCA